GUCUCCGCCGGCCGCUGCUUCUCGCCUCCCCGCUCCCUCCACCGCCGCCCGCCUGCGCCGUCUCUGCUGCCUCUCGCUCGUCCGCAGCACACACUUCGCAGCACCUGCCCGCACUCCUCUCCUCCUGCCGCCAUGCCUGCUGCGCCCGCGCCAGCAGCGGCGGGCGUGCCGGCCGCACUGAGCGCCGAGGAGCUGCUGCUGCUCCUCGACCGCGCCGGCAGCGCCGGCCUGCCCGACACGCGCGCCCUCUACCCCGCCGCCGAAACCGCACACGCCGCCGCGAGCAGCAGCAGUAGCGCCGACGACGCCGGCGCCCGCGUCGAGGCCGAGCUGCGGGCCCGCGCCGACUGGCAGCUCGGCCUGCAGGCGACGCUCAGCUCGCUCGCCAGCCGCGAGAUGGUGGCCUACAGCGUGCACGAGCAGACGACGCUCGUCCUCACGCCCGAGGGCUACUCGAUUGCGCGCGACGGCAGCCACGAGGCGCGGCUGUGGCGCGCGCUGCCUGCCGACGCCGAGCAGGGCGCCAGCAUGGCCAAGCUGGGCGAGCUCCUCACGCCCGCCGUGCUCAAGAUCGCCCAGGGCAAGGCCUUUGCCAAGCGCUGGGUGCGCAAGCACCCCACGGCCGCCGGCGAGCUGGCGCGCGUGCCGGGCGUCGAUGCCAUCGAGGACGACACGGCGCUGGCGCUGCAGCGCGUGCGCGAUGCCGGCGAGACGUCGGAGAAGGAGGCGGCCGAGUACAAGAAGCGCAAGCUGGUCGCACCACGGAAGCUCGUCUACUUCUCCGUGACCAAGGGCCCGCAGUUCGCGCUCAAGGUCGAGAAGCUCGAGACGGACCUGACGUUUGAGAUGCUGCAGAGCGGCGCAUGGCGCGAGAAGCCGUUCAAGAAGUACAACUUCAACGCCGAGGGCGCGGCGCCGGCGGCCGGCGCGCUGCACCCGCUGCUCAAGGUGCGCGAGGAGUUCCGCAACAUCUUCUUCGAGAUGGGCUUCACAGAGAUGCCAACGAACCGCUUCGUCGAGUCGAGCUUCUGGUGCUUCGACUCGCUCUUUGUGCCGCAGCAGCACGCGGCGCGCGACGUGCAGGACACGUUCUUCGUCAAGGACCCGCCGGCGGCCAAGCACAUUCCCGAGGACUACCUGGCGCGCGUGACGCAGGUGCACGAGGAGGGCGGCUUUGGCUCGACGGGCUACCGCUACCCCUUCUCGCGCAGCGUGACGGAGAAGCUGGUGCUGCGCACGCACACGACGGCCGUGUCGGCGGCGAUGCUCUACAAGCUCGCCAACGCGCCCGGCGGCUUCCAGCCGGCCAAGAUGUUCUCCAUCGACCGCGUGUUCCGCAACGAGGCCGUUGACGCCACGCAUCUCGCCGAGUUCCACCAGGUCGAGGGCGUCGUGGCCGACUACAACAUCACGCUCGGCGACCUCAUUGGCUUCAUGCAGAUCUUCUUUGCCAAGAUGGGCGUCACCGACCUGCGCUUCAAGCCGGCGUUCAACCCGUACACGGAGCCGAGCCUGGAGAUCUUCAGCUACCACAAGGGCCUCGGCAAGUGGGUCGAGAUUGGCAACUCGGGCAUGUUCCGCCCCGAGAUGCUGCGGCCCAUGGGCCUGCCCGACGGCGUCAACGUGCUUGGCUGGGGCCUGAGUCUGGAGCGGCCCACGAUGAUCCGCUACGGCAUCAACAACAUCCGCGAGCUCGUCGGGCACAAGGUGGACAUCGACGGCGUCGAGCGGGCCGCAGCGGUGCGCUUCCCAUAGCGACGGCUAGAGUGA